AUGGCUGCUGUUGUACAGAAACGAUCUCUUUUGCAGUCCCUUGGGAUCACUUUUCUGGGAACAGCGUCAGCUCAGCCUUCUUCGACAAGAAACCAUUCAGCCCUCGCGCUUCGCUUGAAUCGUGAUGUUUGGAUUUUCGAUUGUGGGGAGGCUACCCAGCACCAGUUGCAGAAAAGCACGGUGAAAAUGGGGAAGAUCGAGAAAGUCUUCAUCACCCAUACCCAUGGCGACCAUAUCUUCGGAUUAGUUCCCCUUCUUGCCAGCUGCAUGAACGGUGCAGGAGGGGUCGUCGAAGAGCAGGGACAAGGGGAGGAUCCUCGACGAGUCGUGGACACCAGUAUCCCGCCUUUAGAAAUAUAUGGUCCAAUGGGGACGCGUGCAUAUAUCAGGUCUGCCCUGGCGUGUACAUACACUCUACUCGGGCGGCCAUACGUCGUCCACGAACUCAGAUUUCCUUCCGACCCAGAGGGCGACAUUGCGCACGGAUUUACCCCACCUCCAGCAGAAUCUGCAGGGCGGAACAUCGCAAUGGUCAACGGUGUCUGGCCUGACAUCUAUCGCGACGAAGUGGUCUCUGUAUCUGCGGCGCCCAUACUCCACUCAGUACCCUGUGUAGGGUAUGUCGUGACCGAAGCGCCAGUCCCAGGGAAGAUCGAUGCCUCCAAGUACAAGCCCCAUAUAGUCAGGACCAAAACGCCCAUGUCGGUCAUGCGUCAGUUGCAACUGGGGGAGCGCGUCGUUCUGAACGAUGGAACUAUCCUCGAAGGUCCUCCGCGUCGCCCUGGUAGAAAGGUAGUCAUUCUCGGCGACACAUACGACCCCUCCCCGAUUCGUUCACUCGCUAUGGACGCCGAUUUGCUCGUCCAUGAAGCAACGAAUGCCCAUUUGCCGGGUCUAGACCCCAAUACCAAAGCUGACGACACGCACGAGUCAGUAGAGGCACGGACGAAGUCAAGGGGACACUCGACACCACAAAUGGCAGGAGCAUUCGCGAAAAGCAUUGGUGCUAGAAGGCUGGCUCUCAACCAUUUCUCUGCCAGAUAUCCCGGAGACAAUAGCCCCGAAUCGCUGAAGAUAAUGGAAGGAAUCGCAAAGCUGGCGGAGCACGAGUUUGGCAGAGAGGUCAUUUGUGCAACCGACCUACUUAGUAUUGAUGUACAAUUGAAGGAAUAA